CCUCAGUAGCUGCAGUCAGGUCUAGUUGUCAUGUAAGAGUGGUAAAGCAGGAAAGAUAACAAACUGAGCAUGCAUCAGUGUUAGGCAGUUCAUUCAAAGUAUUAAUCUUACUUUGGCUGGUGGGUGCAGGAUUGAAGUGAAUCAUGUGGCUCCUGAUAGUAAUCCUCCUCCUUCUCUCCGUCGUGUACUACAAGUGGUCCAGGAAGGAGUUUAGUCUCCUGCCUUCUCCAGGUGCUUGUCUGCCACUGAUAGGUCACUACAAGAUAUUCACCCAUGGUUCAGAUCCAGCAACCCUCAUUUGGGAUUUAUACAGGAAAUAUUCAUCAAAUGGAAUGAUGCUUUUGAAUGUUUUUGGACUGAAUAAUGUUUUUGUUGGAGAUUUUAACGUGCUGAAGCAAAUUUACAAUGAUCCAAAUGUGCAGAACCGAGGACAUAAUGAUUAUAGAAAAUGUGGAAUGGCCAACAAAAUUUCAAUUGACCGCGGAACUAAUCCAGGACCCCUUGCUGGUGUUAUUAUGAGCCAGGGCAAAGCUUGGACAGAGCAAAGAAGAACAGCACUUAAAGUUCUUCGAGACUUUGGUUUUGGCAAAUCAACCAUGGAGGAGAUGAUUCAAGACGAAGUUAAGCAGUUUAUCGCAUAUUUGAAACAGAUCUCUUGUACACCUAUUGAUAUUGCAGGAAAAUUUAACUUGCCCAUUCUAAACGCCUUGUGGAAAAUCACAGUGGGGGAGAGUUUCGAGUACAGUGAUCCCAAACUGAUUGAAAUGUUAGAGAAAUUAACAGAAUUGUUUCAAAAGUUAGCAAAGCCAACUGGUGUUUUUGCUAUAGUAUAUCCAUGGCUAUUCAAAAUAUUUCCAAACUUGUUUCAACGUCAACUUGACAUAGAAGUUAACCAAGCAAUUGCAAACCUGAUGCGUAAUAGUAUUGAACAGCACAAGAAAACUCUGGAUGUUAACUCCCCUAGGGAUGUUAUUGAUACCAUGCUCAUUGAGAUAGAGAACACAACAGACAAGGAGUCAAGCUUUUAUCAAGGUGUGGGGUAUAUCACCUUGUUAACACUCUAAUAGAUCUUUUUUAUUGCCGGCUCUGAAACCACAUCAACUACCCUUAACUGGGCAGUCCUCUACAUGGUUAGAGAGCCAGAUAUUCAGAGAAAGGUUCAAACUGAACUUGAUACUGUAAUGGGGGGAUCAAGGUUGCCAAGUCUUGCAGAUCGACCAAAUCUACCGUACACCGAGGCUGUUCUUAUGGAGAUUCAGAGAUGUGCCAAUAUUGUGCCCAAUGGUGUACAUCACAUGUCAAACAAGCCUGUCCAUGUAAAUGGAAUGAUAAUUCCAGCCAACACUAUGAUCAGUCCUUGCUUCACUGAAAUACUUAAAGGAGAUUAUAAAAAUUGA